UGAAGUAAUUGUUCUGUACACCACUGCUGAAAAUGGAGCUGCGUUUGUUCUUACUCUCCAUCACUGCAGUUUUAUCCACUGAGAGUAAAAUAUACAAGGCUCACCACCUCGUUGGAUGCUCUGCUACAGAGAGAGAGGAUAUGUAUGGUCUUGAUGGAGAGGAAAUAUUCUACUACGACUUCAACAAAAACAAAACAGUAGUAGCAGUUCCAGAGUUUGCAGAUUCGGACUCGUUUCCAACAGAUUUUGAGCCUUGUGUGCAUAGUACAAAAAUGUGCAAAGACUUCCUCGCCUUAUUUACUAAUAAUAACGAACACCAAGCAGAACAAGCAGACCCGCCUCAGACUUCCAUCUACCCUAGAACUGAUGUGGUUGUGGGUGCAGAAAACACUCUCAUCUGUCAUGUGACUGGAUUCUUCCCUCCACCUGUGAGAGUCUUUUGGUCUAAGAACAGUGUGAACGUGACAGAGAAUAUAACUUUGAGCCAGUAUCGCCCCAGUAGUGAUGGCACCUAUGACCUCUUCUCCACGCUGAAGAUCAUUCCAUUGGAAGGAGAAACUGACAGCUGCACUGUGAACCACAAAUCCCUCCAGCAGCCUCAAACCAACAUAUGGGAUGUAGAAGCUGUCCUGCCUGGUAUUGGCCCAUCAGUGUUCUGUGGAGUGGGUCUGACUCUAGGCCUGUUGGGAGUGCUGACAGGAGCCUACUUCUGCAUUAAAGCACACACAAACACAUUAAAUAUGGAAGCUAAUAAUCAAAUAUUGGAUACAAUUUAGAGUGAACCUGCCUGACAAAAGCUAUAAGCUGUCCAUUCUAGAUAUUGUUAUAGCACAUACAGUAUGCAUCUACUUAAAUAAUAAAAAAAGGAGUUAAUGUUACUGUAGACAGAAGAGUCCUUUAUGAUUGUUACUUGUCGGACUUUAUGAACAUGAUGAUCAUGUCACACUCUGAGAUCUCAGUUGUUAUUAAUGUCAGGCUGUAUGUUAACAGUGGGUCUCCGGGGUUUUACAUUAUUGAUGUUACACGCGGGGCUAAAAUGUUGGCUAUCAUGAAAAGUAUAGUGGUGUAUUUGAGUGUAAGCAGCACUACACAGUCAUGUGAAAACAGCAGCGCAACCGGUGUUUAUCAUAGCAAACGCAACAUACUGAAUGAAUUACGAGAGAUUAUGCAGAUAGAAGAAAUCUCUAGCAUUAAUUCUGAUUAUUAACAGCGCGCCACUGCUCCGGGUGUGUUUUCACUGCUGUGUGUGUGUGUGCACUUUGGAUGGAUUAAAUGCAGAGCAUGAAUUCUGAGUAUGUCAUGUCACGUUCAAAUUUUUUAUGAAUUUCUAAAUUUGUCUCAGACGACGAGAUUGUGGCCAAAAUCGCACAGUGUGAGCCCGACUUAAACUCUGUAGUGUAUGUUUGAUGGUUUUAAUGACUGUAGAACUUUUUCUUGAUCUCCACUGUUUCAAAAUAUUAUGUAUCUAUGAGAGAAAAAAAAAAACAUGCACAGAGAAAUCCAAAUUAAACCAUGCCGCUUGUAACGACACACUGGUGUCCUUAGGCAUUAAACGAGCAUUUUGUAUGAACAGUAUUUAUAUUGUUUUUACCUCUAGUACUCCACCAUGUCCAACUGCUCUGAGGGCGCACAUGCAUCUAGUGCGUGACGUCUGUCAAACUCUGGCGUAGUUUGCGCAAGCGCUGGAAGCAGUCUCUAAAAUAGUGAGUGAUGUAUACAAGUAAGAGAUAGUGAGAGCUUUAGAGUAUCAACCUUUAUUUAAUAAUCAAGUACAUGUACUCUUUACUUAAACACAUUCAUAAUUAGUAAUGCAUUACUUUUAUUUAUUUUUCUUAAAUACAACUCUGCAUGGCACCUAACUUUAAUUUUACUCUGCAGAAUUUUAUUUAUUUGUUUGUAAGUAACCUUUUU